AAAAAUUGCACCGCUCUUCGAUCGAAAACAAAAAAGAUGACAAUUUUGUAUAAAGUGGAAAGUCGGCGAGAAUUUGGCAAUGCCAAGGACAGCAGCGUCUUCCCGCACAAGGUGGUGCUCUGCGCCGUCUCCGCGCGCAACAUAAUCGCAUUCAGCGCCCUGCAGAGUCUCUCCACACACGUCUAUGUCUGCGACAUUGUUACGCCCUGGCAAUAUUACAAAGUUUGCGUCUCCAAAUCGCUGAUAAAUGUGCUCGCCUGGAGUGCGAGUGGGGAACAACUGCUGCUGGGCUUCAUUGGUGGUCGCGUAGAGAUCUGGCAGCCAAGGGAGCAGGCAUUGAAUGUGUGGCAACUACACUAUUUCGCCCACAUACCCAGCGAGGACAUCAUCGAGGCGCGUUUCUUUCACAACGGCAAAGGUGUUCACUUCAACGCCCAGAAAAAGGAUCACAUCUACUAUGCGGAGAAAUUUGAGCGUCUCGAUCAGCGGCCCACAUUGACCGGGUUUGGUGGCGUCGCCACCGAGGGCUGCAUUCUGCUGACCUCAUCGGGCUUGCUGGCCGCUUUUACGCUGUCGCCGCUGCAGAAACAGUCCGCCACCGGCAAUAGUCCGCCCGAUCCCGCCACGCUCCAUUUAACUAACAACAACACAAACAGCAGCAACAGCAACAGUUGCAGCGGCAGCAACAACAGCGAGCAAAUAGAAUUGAUUCCUGCCACGCACAGCAUUGGAAUCUCUCGCAGUUAUAUCGAGCACUGCAGCAUUUUGGCCAGCGCCAGCGGCGCCCUCAACAUUGCCUACAGCAUUGGCUGGCAGCAGCAGCAGCAGCUCGUCCACUGCUUCAAGGUCUCUCUGCAACUGGAUGGCAAACGCAUCAGCAUCAAGUCGGAGUCGCUGGCCAGCAUCUUUCUGCAGCCGCUGGAGAGCAGUCGUCGCAUCUCGCAGCUGCUGUGGACACGCCUGGGCAACGACGAUGUCAUCUAUGUGGUCUUUGCCGGUUCUGAGCAGAGCAGUCUGCUCGAGCAGUGGACGCUGACGCGACGCCAUCAAAAUGUGCACGCGCUGCUUCAGCAGCAAUCAGCCUCCUCCGCCUCAGCUUCGUCAGCAGCCACGUCGUCAUCCUCGGCACUGGCAACAGCAGCAGCAACAUCAGCUGCUUCUGGCGCCAGCAAACCAUCAGUGGACUGUGAGAGUUGGGAGCAGGUGGCCAAGCUGCAGUUGAAUGCAAACAUUGCCCAGUUGUGUUGCACGCGACUCGCCGGCGACUCCGAGCAGCUGUAUGUGAUCCUGCAGGAUAAUAGCGUACAGGUGCUCGAGCCGGGCACCUUGAAGCAACUGCAGCACACACAAUUCGAACGUGGCAACAGCAGCAGUGGCAACGAUGCCAGCGAUGUGGCCAGAUUUGUGUGCGCCGAUCUGACGCCCACCAGUCAAAUGCUGCUCAUCUUCGAUAGCCAUGCGCAGCUGCAUGCGAUGCAGACGCCAGUGCUGCUCAAACAGAGUGCAACGGGCAGCAUGCAACUGCUGUUGCUGCUCCUCGAGUAUUGCAUCGUGACCGGUGUGGAUGCGAGUGAUGUGCUGCUCCUCAACCUGGGCAAUCUGGAGGCGCUCGUCGAGAAGCUAACCGAGAAUUUCACACGACAACCGUCGUAUGUGCGUCAGUUUUACUAUGCCAACUUUUUGGCAUUGAAGAGCAAUCUGUGCCGUGCCCAGCAACAGGAAUUCGAUAAUCUCAUCAUUUUGCACGCGAUCUCGUCCACAUUUAAGAGUCUAUUGCGGCCAUCGGAUUUGGGUUGCCAGGACAAGGGACCGGCCGAUAAUUUGGCGAUGAAACUGGCCGAAUCGGUGCCGGAUGUGGACAAUGUAAUGUUGAAUCUGGAUCCCAAAGAUUUUACUGUGGAGCCGAUGAUGUUGCAGAGUCUGCAACAGCUCAUCCAGUGGGUGACAGAUCUGGCACUGAAUAUGCUCAAUCGUCUGCCCGACGAGGUAAUCAAAUGCAAACUGGCUGGGAAACGGCAGGGCAGCUAUGACAUCAGUCGCGACAUUGUCGCCAUCAGCAGUCUGCGGGAACUGCUCGUCAUGAUCCGCAUUUGGGGACUGCUCAAUCCGCAGUGUCUGCCCGUCUACACGAAGACGAUGGAGAACAUUGAUGUGCUGGCGAUAUUGUUUCGGCUGCUCACACGUCUUGCCCAGAAUGUUGCCGAACCGGAUGAACUGUUGCUCGACGAGUGUAGUUUGCUCUCCAAGCAGCUGCUCAUUCCCCAGCUGGCCAGGCACAAUCCGACCACACUGCUCAGCGCCCAGGGUUAUGCGGCUGUGAAGUCCGGCCAGCUGACAUUCACCUCGCUGGUGGAGCCCGUCGGGCUGCAGGACAUCGAAAUGGAGCAAGUGGUCUUCGCCAAUUGUGUCAAGGAUGGCGUCAGCAAUCUCCAAUUGGGUGCCAAUCCCAGCACCAUCCGCAGAUGCGCCCGCUGCGGUUUCGUCAACAGCGCCAACAAAGUGGCCAAAACAUCAGCGCUGAAGGCGUGGUGCAACAAGUGGUUGCAUUGCCACUGCGGCGGCUUCUGGAAGCAAAUUAAUUAGUCUAUUCUACUCUAGACGAAUAAGCAUUACUCUUUAUUUGUAAGACUGUUCAGUGGAAUAUUCGAUGGGUAGGCGGAUUGCAGAUUGCAGGAGUCGUGCUGGUCAAAGCAAGGGCUGCUAUGCCUGCAAUUUCGUUCAGGAUGCGAAUCCCUCCUAACAACCAAUUUGUAGCUUAACUUUUGAUAACUAGGCAUAAGCUCGAUAAGAAGAAUUGUAUUAUAAAAUUAAAGCAUUAAGCGAUGUCCUUUA